AUGAGUGGCACCGUUGGAGCUGCACCGCCCACCGCCGUGAUCGGCCUUGGUUUGGACAUCGGUGGACCCUGUCAUGUCCAGAAGAGUGGGACUCUGGGUCGGACUUGUCUGCUCACCAGCUCUGUGCAGCCAGCGUCACCAGCGGGAGGAGGAAACCGGGGCAGCAGAGCUCCUCUGAGGCUGCCGUCUCUGAAAGCAUCAGCCAGGGGGCGAGGCAGGAGAGGCAGCAUGGCUCGUCUCAGCCUCAGUGAACCAUCUCUGCUCACGCUCAACGAGAACAUCCCCUUUGAUGGAUUCUCCAACAUCCAGUGGCCCGGAGUUUUACAAAAGCGACAUCCUCCACCUCCUCCAACAUUCUCCAAGUCACCAGCACUGCUCUCCUCUAAGACCUGGCAUCCACCACUAUCCAGCAGCCAUAACUGCAGCAGCAGACCUACAUCCACUUACAUCCACUUCUCCCAGGCCAUCCAGCCCAGCACCAGGUCACGACGUCACUCCCACAACCGGACCCUGAGUGUGGACACAGCAACGCAGCUGCGCGACUUCUCAUCUCAGAGGGAGCUUCUGUCUGUCAUAGGGAAGCCAUGUCUUCCUAGCUGCAGUCAACGUUCAGCUCCAGGUCCAGCUCCAGGUCCAGCUUCAGGUCCAGCUCCAGGUCCAGCUGCUGGUCCAGGUCGCACUCAGCUCCAUGUGUUUCUGCCCACAGAGGUGGAAGGAGAGGAGGUGGACAGUGAGUCUGUGGAUGAAGGUUUCAUGGAUGAGCUGGACAGUAAGAUAACCUCUCUGAAGCUCCAGUAG